AUGGCGGCGGCGGAACAGGCCGAGGGCGCCUUCACCUGCGUCUCGUCCAAGCGCAGCCGGCAAAAGCGGAGAGCGGCCGUCAGCAUGGACACGGCGGAGCCGCGGCCCAGCAAGAGGCCCAGCUUCCCGCCUGUGGCCGCCGAGGCGCUCGGGACAGGGAAGAGCGAGAUUCGGAAGGUUCCGGUGCCGGCCAACAGGUACACCCCCCUGAAGGAAAACUGGAUGAAGAUCUUCACCCCCAUCGUGGAGCACUUGCAGCUUCAGAUCAGAUUCAACUUGAAAACACGGAACGUUGAAAUCAGGACUUGUCAAGAGACCAAGGACCUCAGCGCACUGACAAAAGCAGCUGAUUUUGUGAAAGCCUUUAUACUUGGGUUUCAAGUGGAGGACGCUCUUGCUCUCAUCAGAUUAGAUGACCUUUUUCUAGAAUCAUUUGAAGUCACAGAUGUCAAGCCUCUGAAAGGAGAUCAUCUGUCAAGAGCCAUUGGGAGAAUAGCAGGGAAAGGUGGGAAAACAAAAUUCACUAUAGAAAACGUGACCAGGACACGAAUCGUUCUUGCUGACGCGAAAAUUCACAUUUUGGGUUCUUUCCAGAACAUUAAAAUGGCACGAACAGCAAUUUGCAAUCUAAUUCUAGGAAGUCCUCCAUCCAAAGUGUAUGGCAAUAUCCGGGCAGUGGCCAGCAGAGCAGCUGAAAGGUUUUGAGAGCAGUAUAGCUGCACCACCAAGGGCUGGAAGUCAUGGUUCCUGUGUGCCCAAGAAGCAUGGAACUACACAAGCACUCACUCUUCUGCUUGAUUUGGAAGCCCAGAGGAGAACUGGGACUGUUUGUACAGUCUGAUUUGAACAC